UUGACGUGGAAGAGCGCAACUUUCCGUGAUUAUUAAAGAAAAAAAUCUAUAGAAAUUUUAACCGACGAAGCAAACUUCGUUUCGUAGUGUUCGCAGUUUCUCUUCCGAGUUCCAAUCUAUCUUUCUCCCGGAGAAAAUUCGGCAAAAGAGGUUUUUGGUCACAAGUUCUAGAAUCAGUAGCAUUCAGGCGAACCUGAAAUUUCAUUCAAUGAUAUUUCCAACUGACGAGGGGUCAUUCUUAAGGAGAGGAAUUGAACUUGUAGGUGAAGGAUUGUAAUUUGAAGGCAAUGCAAGCAAUCCCUAUGAUAUUACAAAGUUCUUAAUGUCUUUCAGAUUGAAGUUCUUAAGUUUCAUAGGGGAAGGAUACUCUUAAAAGCAAAUUGAAGGCAACACGACCAAUGCUUGAGAAGGAAAGCAUAUAGAGAUCAUUGCACGUGGUUCAUGAUUCAUGACUUGCUGACUGAAGUGAGGUUUACAAUCUGGGGAAUAAAAAAGUUUUGCAUAUGGCAUGGAGGAAAAUUCUCUACUUGUUGUUUUUUUGGAUCACGGUGGUGGAGUCUUCUAGUCGAUCGUGGAAAAUGGUGUCCCUUCACCUGGGGGGAGAAUCAAACUUAUCCCUCAGCUGGCCAAUUCUCAGUGCAGGAGUAUUUGUAGUUGUUGCACUAGUGCUGUCCCUGUUUCUUAUUUUUGAGCAUAUAGCUGCCUACAAUCAGCCUGAGGAGCAGAAAUUUCUCAUUGGGCUCAUUCUGAUGGUCCCCGUUUAUGCAUCAGAAUCGUUCUUGUCAUUAUUGGAUCCAAAUUCUGCAUUCAUCUUUGAAAUUAUGCGGGACUGUUAUGAGGCUUUCGCUUUGUAUUGCUUUGAGAGGUAUCUGAUAGCCUGCUUAGGUGGCGAGGACAAUACUAUUAAGUUCAUGGAAACAUAUGAUCAAAUUAAUUCUAGCACACCUCUUUUGGAAUCUGCAUAUUUUGAUGGAGCUGUGAAACAUCCAUUCCCAUUGAAUUUCUUUUUAAGGCAGUGGUAUCUUGGCCCUGAUUUCUACUAUGCUGUAAAAAUUGGCAUUGUUCAAUAUAUGAUACUGAAGAUGAUCUGUGCAUUAUUAGCUAUUAUUUUUGAAUUUUUUGGGGUUUAUGGAGAAGGGCAGUUUGACUGGAGAUAUGGCUAUCCAUAUCUGGCAGUUGUCCUGAAUUUCAGUCAGACGUGGGCUCUGUAUUGUCUUGUACAGUUCUACUCUGUCACAAAGUUGAAAUUGGAACAGAUCAAGCCUCUAGCUAAAUUUCUCGUAUUCAAGUCAAUUGUGUUUUUAACAUGGUGGCAGGGUGUUGCUGUUGCAUUUCUCUUCUCAGUGGGGGCCUUUCAAGGGUCUUUGGCUCAAGAGUUGAAAACACGUAUUCAGGACUACAUCAUUUGUAUUGAGAUGGGUAUUGCUGCUGUUGUGCACCUUUAUGUCUUCCCUGCUAAGCCGUACGAGCGUGGAGAAAGAUGUGUUCGUAAUGUUGCUGUAAUGGAUGACUAUGCAUCACUAGGAACACCCCCAGAUCCAGAGGAGGUUCGAGACAGUGAAAAAUUUACUAGGAUGCGCCUUGCCCACCAUGGUGAUAGAGAAAACAGAUUGACUUUACCCCAAAGUGUUCGUGACGUGGUCUUUGGUAGUGGUGAAAUUAUUGUCGAUGACAUGAAGUAUACUGUUUCCCAUGUAGUGGAACCAGUUGAACGAGGACUUGCAAAAAUAAAUGAAACCUUCCAUCAGAUAUCUGAAAAUGUAAAACAGCAUGAGAAGCGAAAGAGAAACUCUAGGGAUGAUAAUUACCUUAUCCCCUUGAAUUCAUGGAACAAGGAAUUUUCAGAAGUCCAUGAUUCUCUUCUUCAGGGUAGUGUCAGUGACAGUGGCUUGGCCAGUGGGAAGAGAAUUAACCAAAAGAAAGCCACAUCUUAUCAUGUCGAUUAAGUAGAUGAAAUUCAUAACCAUCAAAAUAAAAUUUUGAUAGCUGCAUUGAGAUUUGAAUGCCGUAAACAAUAUUCUCAAUGGCAUCAACAUUGUCUCGGGAGGUUGAAGAAAGGUGGGAAGUUUCUGACUACAACUUCAACUUCUCAUUACUGAGAAAAUGUUUUGAAGCCUCCGAGAGGACUGACAGAACCUCACUUUAGUUUUUAUGUGAGAGUAAAUACAUUUCCAGGAUAGUUGGGGGGGAGGGAGCAUUUCGAACAGGUGCCGCCAUAUGCCCUGGUUAGAUAACUCACUGAUGAGAAAGG